GCUGUUUCUGUUGUUGCAGUAAGAGGAAGAGGGAGAAGGAGCUUGGCUUGUCUGUCCUUGGUGUCAGAGGUGGAGAAAGAUGCAGCUCUCUUUAGGAACUGUGCUCCCUUCUCUUUGGGAAAGAGCUGCCCUGCAGACCCUGUUUCUCUUCUGUGCCAUCCUCCUGAUCCUGGCACAGUAUCUGCAUGGGAGGAGGCAUCAUCUCAGAUACCUCCCUAGCCCUCCUAGCCUGCCCAUAUUGAGAAACAUCUUCCAGAUGGACUUUAAAAAUCCUCAAAUCACAAUUCAAAAGCUUGCCAGGGAAUAUGGAAAUAUUUUCUGCAUGCAUGUGGGCAGUCUUACCUUUAUGAUGGUAAGUGGAUUGCCACUUAUCAAAGAGGUACUGGUCAACCAAAACCAAGUGUUUAUUGAUCGUCCUCAAAUGCCUAUCCACUUCCAUGUCUUUAAAACAUUUGGUGACUUGAACCAGAGAAGACAGUCAGCUGGAAACUGCUCUGAGAUUCCACCCAGCCCAGACAGCUGUAUCAGCAGAUGUUACUGGAGAACUAGAAAGCUGUAUGAGAUGAGAUGUCUGAGCCUUCAAAUAGGAGGGAUCUGUGCAAUUGACAUUUUUCCCCUAUGUGCCUUUUGUUGAGGCCUGCUUACCAAAGGGAACUGCCCACAAUAGGUCAUGUCAAAGCAUCUCUCAAUCUCUCUCCCUUUUCCCCACACUUUGUUUCCCCUCAUAAGCCCCCUAGGUUAAAAAACAAAACAAAACACCUCAUUGAAGUGUUAGUCAUAUCAGUUAGUGAUUCACUGAAGAGACAGCAUCUCACAAUGAAAUCAAAGGGAGAAUGAAAGAAAUACUAAUUAGUAACAAUUCCUAAUAUGAGAGAUCCAGGUCUGGCAAGAGGUGAAUCUCUUUUGUCCAAGAGUGACAUUAUCAAAGUUACUUCCACCAAAUCUCAUUAUAAUAUUCAUUCUCUCCUUGAUUGUUCAUGAAUAUGAGUUGAUUUCCACCCGUUGGGAGCACCCACUCUUCCAAGGGUAUUUAAACAUCCAGUAGCCCUCAAGGUUCAUCUUUGGUUUAUGAGAGAAAGCCACUGACCUCAAUCUAUUAAUUAUUUGCUAGACAUCAUCAAUAAAUCUAUUA